AUGUCUUGGAGGACAUUUGACGCCCAAACGGACAUCAGUGUCGCUGCCGUCGUUGGACGUCGGUGGCCCGAUCUCCAUCCUGCCCUCCCACUCUCCCCCUUCCUCCCCAGUGCCGUCCCGCUGUGUGAUGAGGUCCGAUAUGGAAACCCUAGUGAUAUCCUGUGUCGUCAUCGUGCCGCGCUUGCGUGUCCAAUGACGAUCGAGGUCGAUGCGCGUGUGGGGGGCAUGGGAUGGGUUGCGGCAGAAUGUAGGUCGUAUCGGGGCAAUGGCAGGGAUGCAUGGGUCACGUCGUCAACGUACAGUGUUGCGGUCAUAUCUGGCAGUGCUGCCUCGGGUGAGGGCUUACGGAUCUUGGGGCUGCCGGAUACGCCAAAAAGACCUAAAUUUGACAUACGAGCGAGAGGGCAGGAAAGGAAGUGGAUGUGGUGGAGAGGAACAGAAAACGGUGCUGCACAGCCACUCGAUCACGGAUACCCUCAUCUCAUGAUAAUCCUCAAUUUACGUUGGUUGCCCCACAUUUUAGGGCACUUAUAUGACUAUCAUAUUUUCGAGGUACAGAAAGCCCUAGGAGUAUGGGAUUGCAAGGGUAUUCUGUCCUAUGCCCCUAAUUGGGGUGCAUCCGGCAAAUUCCGACCAUGGUGAGAGGGGCAUUUUCCUGUUUGCGUAUCAGUUGAAUGACAGUAUUUAGACUCUGUUAAGCAUUUAUAUAUCACAU